GAAGGUAGGAAUUUAUUGAGAAUGUUUGUUUCUGGAAGAAGAAGCCAACACGUGCGCGUAUUCAACGUGUUUUUGGUUUCGGCAGGUUUCUGUUAAAAAAUCUAUCCAUAAAUCUGUGGAUAUUUAUUAUUAAAAAUGGAAACUGAACAGCCAACGGCUGUAGAAACUCCCUCCUCUAGUUCAGAGCCCAAAAUCAUGGAAUCACCAAUCGAGGCAGCAAAACAAAGUGAUUCGAUUGAAACCCCAGCAGAUAAGGAGGAAACAACGCCCAUAAACAACUCAGAAACUACAAUUGCAGUCGCAGCUCCUGUUGAAAAAUCUGCGCCAACCCAGGCAGAGGCAGAGAACGAGGCGGCCAAAGGCGUAGUACCAAGCGCAACAGGACCUGGAAAUGACUUGGUAGAGGACCAGGACACGGCCAAGAUGGAUUGUGAACCAGCCCCAGCUGUAGUAACACCCUCAAACUUCUCUCAGCAACAGGAUUCCUCUCACGAAAUGGAUUGUCAAUCUCAGGAGGGUGCAAUACCCAAAGUACCACCAGGACCUUCUGCUCCGCAAGACUCUGCGGCAAAAACCACCUCUGGACUCGGUCUGCUUGCAGCGUAUGGUUCGGGCGCCGAGGACUCGGAUGUGGAAGAAGUACAUCGAAAUCCGGACAGUGACAACGAAGUGAUUGAAGUCCCUGUUACGGACACCACCACCUACCGACGACCGGUGGUGGAUGUGAGCUCCAGUAGUGAUGCUUCAGCCAGCAGCAGCAGCAGUGACUCCGAUUCUGAUUCAGAAGGGGAAUACCUGACCGUUCUUCGAAAGAAAAUCGACAAAAGAAUCAACACGGAGGAGUGUGACGAGGAUGACGACGAUUUCGAUGAGGAUGGCGCUUCCGGAGACCGCCCCAAACGCCGACAGCCGCCUAAAGUUCGAGGAGAAAUGCUGCUCGAUGAUCUUCCCCCUAUACAUCAGCUAGAGAUCACGGUGCCCGAAGAUGAGUGCGUCGAGCUGGGAAAAGUUCAUUCAAUUGUCGACCAACUGGUUUUGGUUUCCGUCAUUCCGAAUUCCUUGUUGUUUGAUCUGGACACGGUACUGUUUUUGGAAAAGGGCCGAAAGGUUCUGGGUGAGGUUUUCGAUGUGCUCGGCCAGGUGGCGGAUCCGUUGUACUGCGUCCGUUUCAACAGCAACCAGCAGAUUAAAGACAAAGGCAUAAACAUUGGCGAUGUGGUGUACUGCGCCCCAAAAACGGAGCACACCCAGUUUGUGAUUUUGUCAAAGCUGAUGAAAAUUCGAGGAUCAGAUGCGUCCUGGGAGCAUGAUGUGGAGCCGCCUGAGCGCUAUAUCGAUUACUCGGAUGAUGAGGCCCAACGCGAAGCCAAACACGAGCAACGGAAGCGUAGACAACGAGAUCGUACGAAUUCCACAGACUCUGUCGAUACGGUUACGUCGGUUGCCACCACCGCCACAGAAGCUUCCGUGGCAGCUCCACCACCCCGCCAGCGCGGGCGCCGCGGCCAGCGAGAGAGCUUCCGGCAGAACCAGAGGAACUCGAUGCCCCAGAAUAACCAGAACCCGAAUCAGCAAAGGGAUCAGCAGUACAACUACCACCCCAGCUACAAUCCUGGCAGCUGGCAUUCCAACUAUUACCACAACUACCACCAGCCGCCGACCAAUUUCAAUAUGCCACCCCACCCAGGCAUGCAUUUUCCAGUGCCCAACUACGGCUACGGAAUGCCCUAUGCUGUUCCGCCAAUGAUGCCCAUGUCUGGGCAGCCCCAUCCUCAUCCCCCACCCCACCACAUGUACCCGCCGCCGCCCCCGUUCGGUCCACCACCGACACCUCAGAACGGACAUCCUCCUCCAAGUUAAACAUAGGCCUUUGUGUGACAUUUUAUUUUUACUAUAUUAAAUAAUUUUCUUAAACAA